AUGGAGCGCCUACCGAUGGAGCUUCACGAUCUUGCAAAGCUGCGAUGGAUCUAUCUCAAUAGGGCUCCCUUCUUCGCAUGGCCUGGUUUGCUGGUUGCAGCCGUGCGCGCAAUGCGGAUCCGAACGAGGACCAGGGCUGAAGCUGUGGAGAUGGAGAGGGAAAAGAAACGACGCAAACUUGUGCAUCAAGGUGACGUAGAAACGCUUGGGAAAGGUGGAGACGCGAUCAAGCCCAGCGCUUUAGAGCGACGCUACGAGUUGGGGUCUCUCCUGGGCUGUGGAAGAGGCGGUGUGGUUUUCAAGGCUACGAGGAGGGGCGAUGGCCAAGAGUUCGCAAUCAAGACCGUGAGUGGCGGCAGCUCCAAAGAGGCGCUUCUGAUGCUCAAAGCCGGGGACAGGGUGAACGACGGUGUCAUAAAGGUCAAGGAGCUUCAUUACGAUGCAAAAAGCGGCGAAGGUGGCAACCCUAAGACCCACAUCGUCAUGGAACUGUGCGCCUGCAACCUCGACCUGGGUGUGAAGUUCGCGGAGCCAACCACGGCGAGGAUAUUCUUUACGGUCGCCAAGGGCCUCCGGGAGAUCCAUCGAAACGGGGUCAUCCACUGCGAUAUCAAGCCCGCCAACAUUCUCCUCACCCGGGAGCUCGACGCAAAGUUGGCGGACUUUGGCCUGGCUUGCGACGCUCACAAGCCGUGGGAGAUGGAUUUUGUUGGAACCCCCGGUUUCAUGGCUCCCGAGGUUAUGUUUGAUGGGAUCUACACACCGGCAGUGGAUGUUUGGAGCUUGGGCAUGACGCUGCGGUACGCCUUGCUCGGGAAGCUGCGCCAUUUGAGCAGCGAUGCCGAUGCGACGCCGUUUGUGGACGUGAUGAAAGAGAUGGUGGAGAAAAGGGAGACGUAUUUCCUGGACUGCGAUGAGAUUGAGCUCGCGAAUAUGUCCAUCGAAGUGAUUGAUCUUCUGCACAGGAUGUUAGCGUUUGAUCCGGAAGAGCGCAUCACUUUGGAUGAGGGCAGGGUGUCUAAAGUGGAGAGUUAG